AUGUUCUCGCUCUUCUUCCGGUGCAAAGAGCACUUCACGUUGCUUCCAUUCUCAGUUCUGUUAUUGAUCGACUGUUCGAUUGCUUUCCAGAUCACUGGUGCCCAGGGGGGUGUCAACUCGUCUACGGGAGUGCGGCCUCUAAGAUAUGAGAUUCAUGACUUUGCGAACUCGGGCCCUGCUUUCGACCUGUUCAUUCUGGCAUUGAUAGACCUCCAGGACGUUGACCAACCUUAUGUGGCAUUGUUUGAGCAAUUGGUCUGGCAGCAUGCCCAAGAUAUUGCCAACCUCUAUCCUGUUGAUCAACGCGAUGAAUAUCUGAACGCGGCCCUCACCUUGCGGGUCCCUUACUGGGACUGGGCUGUCUAUCCUGCAUUGCCUGACGUGGUUGCAGAGCCGCAGAUCUCUAUCAAUACUCCAAACGGACCACAAACAGUGGAAAAUCCUCUCUACGCCUAUUUCUUCCAGUUUGACGCCGCGGGCAAUGGGUUUCCUUUUUCCGACCCGAUGGCCAACUUUUCGGAAACUGUUCGCUGGUGGAGUCCAAAUACAAGAUCUAGCAAUCAAAGCGCUGCCACUGCAGCUUUGCUGGCCAACGCUCCUACAAUCCAGUCACUAACAUAUCAACUGUUCACGUCUGUGACUAAUUACACAGCAUUCUCGUGCACCUGGCCCGGGGGUCAAUGGCUUACCGCGAAUAAUAUCGAGUCCAUCCACAACAGCAUCCAUAACAGCAUUGGAGGAUACGGUCACAUGCAAUUUCCAGAAGUUGCGGGCUUUGAUCCUGUCUUUUGGUUGCAUCACGCCAACGUUGAUCGUUUGUUUGCCAUGUGGCAAGCGCUCUAUCCGGACACCUACAUCGAGCCGACCGUGAAUGCAUAUGGAUCGUACUACGAGGCUGUUGGUUUUGUUGACUCGGGAACAACCGCGUUGGCUCCCUUUCAUUCCGACAGUGGCAGCUCGUUGUUUACCUCUAAUGACGUUCGCAGUAUGAAGCGAUUUGGCUACAGCUACCCCGAACUGCCAGACUGGGAGAUGAAUCCAGGCGAGCUAGCUGCGAAUGUACGAACGGCGGUCAAUUCACUUUACAACCCUUCAUCAAACAGCACAGUCAGCAGCUCAACGAGAUGGACCAGGCGGAGAUCUUCGAGCAUAGCCGAGAAUUUCGGUCACGUUUCUCUCGAUUUGGCGAGACGCCUUCGCGUUAACAAUCUCAACAGACAAUGGUCCAUUACCGUGCUUGUUGAUCGGUUUCCACUUGAUACGAGUUUUUGCAUUGACUUUUUCAUGGGUGAUGCUCCGGAUGAGGUCUCGUCUUGGCCCACCGCGCCGAAUCUGAUAGGGACGUAUGCACAAUUCAGUCCCGCCAACGUCACGAUGCUCCAUCCGAACGGAUUCCCUCAAGGGCAAGUGCGUGGUGAGAUCUCAAUGACACACACCUUGGCAGCUGGUGUAUCGAGAGGGGCCCUUCGAGAUCUCUCGCCUCGGUCGGUUACGCCCUUGCUUCGCCAUGCUUUGAAUUGGAAGGCUCGGACGCCAGCUGGUGAGGAAGUGCCACUUAGUGCACUUUCUGGACUCUCGAUAUCGGUUUCCACGCGGCCUGUGGUUCCUCGUAACACGAAGUAUUCUUUUCCGGUGUACGGAGCAGUGCAAUGGCUCAGCUCUGUUACAGAGGGGAAACCAUGUGGUGGCCCGCAGCCGCAUGUACACGGCAUGUUCUGA